AUGGGGAGCCUGGGUUCCGUUGCUGGUCCCAAUACGGCGCACGAAUUCCCUAUGUCCAGCUCUGCGCUGUGUGAGCGUCUGCACCAGAUCGUGGAAGACAUCACUGGCAUUUCCCUUCCCCAAAAUGACUCUGACAUGUUCGAAGCGGGUCUGGACAGUUUACAAGCUUCCCGCGUCCAACGUGCCAUUCUUGACCAGUUGAGGAACUCAAGAGCAGCAAGUUUCGGUGAGCCUCAGCUGGAGAAAGACUUUUGUUUUGCCUAUCCGUCAGUGGAUAAGAUGACAGCGGCUUUAUUAUCUCUGUUUCGGAUGGCUAGGGAAGAAGUGGUGGAUGAUGAAGAGGGGAGGAUAAGAGGGAUGAAAGAGAUGGUUGGGCGAUAUCGGGAGGUACUCGGCAGCUAUGCCUCUUUGCUUCCAACGAGCGAGAACGGGGCCGGUGCAGGUGCAGCAUCGCCACCACCACCACCACCUCAAGAUUCCCACUCCUCCGUUGUUUUACUAACUGGAUCGACAGGAAGCCUGGGAUGUUUCCUCCUUGCUCGGUUGGCCAAAGAUCCUGGGGUGUCCAAGGUCAUUUGUCUGAAUAGGGCGUGUUCUCCUGGGUUGAGUCUCCAUCAACGCCAAACGGAGGCACUGGAGAGGCGCGGAGCGUGUGUUAGCCGAGAGGACUGGGCAAAGGUCGUUCUCCUUGAGGCCGAUUUGACGAAAGUGGAUUUCGAGCUUGGUGAGGGGGAGUUGGGUGAGUUGAAGAGCGUGACGCACAUCAUACAUAAUGCCUGGCCCGUGAACUUCAACCUCCACCUCUCCUCCUUCGAGCCGCACGUAAAGGGAUUGUGUCACCUCAUACGACUGGCCCUUUUGAACGCCGGAACGAUAAGGAUAAUGUUCACUUCUUCCAUUGCAGUUGCAAGCCGCUAUUCUCUUCCUUCUUCAUCCACUUUCCCUUCUUCCUCCUCAUCCUCGGAGAUACCCGCCGUCCAAGUACCAGAAAUCCCACUAGACGCAACGCACCCCGCGCCAUUCGGCUACGCACAAGCCAAAUGGGUCUGCGAGCAACUACUUGAGAGCGUGAAUCAGCUCUUUGGGUCGAGAGUACGCGCUUCCGCCGUACGUCUUGGACAAAUAACAGGCACGAUGGAUAAAGGAGCGUGGAAUGAAUGGGAGCAUGUCCCGUUGAUGGUGAGGACUAUGCAGAGCUUGGGGGUUGUGCCUGAUUUUCGGGGGACAGCCUCAUGGCUCCCCGUCGACCGUGCAAGCGAAAUCCUCAUCGACCUCUUGUUCUCGCCAUCCUUCAAACCAAUCUAUCACCUUGAGAACCCAAUACGACGCCCCUGGCCCCACAUAACCCAUACCCUCGCCUCUCUCCUCAGCGGUACCGCCACUCCCCUCCCCCUGUUACCAUUCCAACAAUGGAUAGCCUGCGUUCGGGAUAGCGAGGAAGUCCUGACAUCUACCCCGAUCAUGAGGUUCCUGGAAGAGGAAUUUGGGAGGUUGGGGGUUGGGUUGGUUGGGUUUUGCAUGGAUGGGACGGGGAGGGAUUCGGCGGCGUUUAGGGAGUUGGUUGGAGGGAAUGAGGAGGAGUCGGCGAGGGCGAGUGUGGCGUAUUGGAGGCGGGUGGGUGUGAUGGUUUAA